UUCCUCCGCGCAGUUUGUACACUUCCGGAAGAAGCGGAAGACAACAGUGGAAAGUCACAGCUCACAAGCAACAUUUUCUAAUAAGAAAAAAACAAAAAGCCAUUUUGAUUUGAGUCGUUUGACAACCAAAGACCAACACUGUCGACAUGUUUUCCUUCCACGUAUUCGAUCACCCGAUGUCUCGGGGGUUUCCGAACCGCUUCUCCACUCAGUACCGCUGCUACUCGGUGUCCAUGCUUGCGGGUCCAAACGACCGUUCCGACGUGGAGAAAGGAGGAAAAAUAAUAAUGCCACCUUCAGCCCUCGACCAGCUCAGCAGGCUUAACAUCACCUAUCCAAUGCUGUUCAAGCUGACCAACAAGAACUCCGACAGAAUGACACACUGUGGUGUUUUGGAGUUUGUGGCAGACGAGGGAAUCUGCUACCUGCCCCACUGGAUGAUGCAGAAUCUCCUGCUGGAGGAAGGAGGUCUGGUCCAGGUGGAAAGCGUUAACCUCAUGGUGGCCACUUACUCAAAGUUCCAGCCGCAGAGCCCCGAUUUCCUGGACAUUACAAACCCCAAGGCAGUGCUGGAGAACGCACUGAGAAACUUUGCCUGCUUGACAACUGGUGAUGUCGUAGCUAUCAACUACAACGAAAAGAUAUAUGAGCUGCGAGUAAUGGAGACCAAGCCAGAUAAAGCAGUGUCUAUCAUCGAGUGCGAUAUGAACGUGGAUUUUGAUGCUCCUUUGGGUUACAAAGAGCCCGAACGACGACCGCAGCACCAGGAAGAACCAACGGAGGAAGAAGCAGAUCCCACCAAUUACGCCGACAUGGACCUGGGAUUCAGAGCUUUCACCGGCUCUGGCAAUCGUUUGGAUGGUAAAACAAAAGGGAUCGAGCCCAGCCCUGUCCCUCUUGACCCAAGUGACAUCAAAAGAGGCAUUCCCAACUACGAAUUCAAAGUUGGAAGGAUCACCUUCAUCAGAAACUCGAAGCCUCUGCCCAGGAAAUUUUUAGAUGAUGAUGAUGCCCUGAACAGAUUCAUCGCCUUCUCAGGAGAAGGACAGUCACUACGCAAGAAGGGCAGAAAGCCUUGAAGGAUUCUAAGUGGAGAGACUGAAUAAUGCAAACGGAUUCACCAUAUUAUUGUUACCUUCAACAGCAAAGUAAAAAAAAAAAAAAAAAAACUGGCCUUCAGAUGCACUGGGAUUUUGUCUCUGACCCUUCGAAAUGGUUUUGCUGCUGAGCUUGGAUAUAUAUCAUUAAAACUCAGACAGUAAUAUCUUUCUCAACAAAAGCUGAGCUCCUGCGGUCUGGAGUUUGUGGAAUAAAUAAGAAUAAUUUAUUUCACCACACCACUAAAAAUAAAUAACUUGUGGAGUAUUGUUGUGAUAUUAGAACAUUUUCCCCCUUUUUCCAUAAUUGUUAUAUUUUUACAAUUGACAAUUUAAAUAUACUGUUAUCCAGAGUCCCAUUCUUAUAAAAUGGGAGCAAUAAUAGCUCAAUACUUUUGUUUUUAAAUAUAAUGAAAAUCAUUUUAUUUUGAGUUAUAGGAGAAAUUUGCAAGUCCCCCCUUUUUUCUUGGUUUAUUUAUAAGCAAAAUAAAGGACUGUGUUUGAAA